GUAGUCCAGCCAUAUGUCUUGCGGAAUCUAAAGAAAAUAGAAAUCAAAAAACAAUGGAAUUAGAUUAUAAUGUUGGACAAGAAGUCACUCUUAAACAGCGAGAAGAUGCUCAUAAAUUAUUACUUGGAAAUCAUGAUGUUUUUGGCACUGAUAUAUCAGAAAAAGCAGACUAUAGGACUGGAAUUGCACUCGAUACACAAGAAUUUCUACAAAAGGAAUUAAAUAAGAUGGAAAAAUUAGGUGUAAUUUGUGCAGUAAAAGGACUGUGGAGAUUACCA